AUGGCCCGUCUCACGACGCUGCGCCAAGACGUCGGCGAGAGCUCGCUCGUGGAAAUCAUACCGCAGCAUGUGCAGAUUCGAAAUGACGUGGCCAAGCUGCUGGAAUUUCUCAUCCUGCUCGAGGGCGGGGACCCGUCGUCGCUCCUCGAGGGCCUUGACGACGACACGUUUGACGACGGCAACAACGCUCCGGCCAGUGACAAGGACGAGGACGAAGACGACGACGAAGACGACGAUGUGGACGAGCUCAAACCGGCCAAAAAAAUUGCGUCGAAAAACCAAAAACGACGAAGCACGGUCAGCAGAGCCUCGUUCAGGUCGCGGACGAUGCCCCUCUACGACGUGUGCACGACGAUCUCGGCCUUGGUGUGCGAAAAGCUCAUGCAAGACGCCAACGACAAGUCGCUGCAGCUGCAGCCGCUCAAGGUCUUUACGCGACAAUACUUUAUCCGCGUCUACGGCCUCAAGUCGCUCGCGCUCUCGCACAUUGCUUCGUUUCGAACGGCGCUGCAAGUGCACUGCAAGGAAAACCCACGCGUCGGUCUCUUUCACUGGUUUCUCGGCCUCGACGAAGCGCGCUCCAUGAGCGCCGAGCUCGGAUUUGCGUUUUUCAAGUCGCUCAUCAAGCACGUCAUCUACACCAUGACCAAGGUCAAGAGUGCGAGCAUGAACCAGGUCGAGUCGGCGCCCAUCACGACGCUCGAGUCGCUCAUGUACGCGUGGAACGACCUCAUCGGCGACGGCUACUCGAGCAAAGAUUCAACGGCAAAAGACGCGCCGACCGGGACGUUCCGGGACAAGAAGCGUCUGAUUCCCGUGCCGAAGGCGCUCGAAGUGUGCAAAGUUGCGUUCAACGAGGCGCUCGAGCGGCUCGUCGUGGAGCUCCGGCUCAAGUUUAAAGAUGCCGACAAGAACGGCGACGGAACCAUGGACUUUGAAGAGUUUUUCGCCUUCCUCGUCACCGCCAAGAUGCUCGACACGACCAAACUCGACGACGCACGCCGCGGAACGCAGCGCGACGGCGCAUCGGCGACGGCAUUGGCCGACAUGCGCCACACCAACGCCGUUCGGCACAAGGCGAUCGGGAUCUACGACAGCCUCGCGAACGACCACAACAUCAUCGACGAGACCCAUUUCGUGUCGUACAUGCUCGGCCAGCUCCUCAAACCCACGCGCCGCAAGCCAGACGACGAGAAGCCCGAGACAGCACGCGAUGAGCCCAGCCCAUCGCGCCGCCAGGACGAGCGACGGGCAUCUCGGGCGAGCGACGGAAAGGAGUCGCCGCCGCGCCGUUCGUCGCAGGCGCCAGUGAGCGAACAAGGCGACGACAUGUGCGAAGACAUGUGCGAAGACACGUAG